AUGACCCGAAACGGACCAGCCAACUUCAUUCAACCGGCACAGCAACAGGGCGUGGUCUACGGACUCGGUACCGCCAUGGUCCAGAUGGGAGACGCCAUCGCAGCCGAACCAGUCAAACGCAGCAUCCAGCACUUGAACAAUGGAAAUGAUGGUAGCAAAAUUCAAAUUGCAUUUUCCAAGCAGAACUACUUGUCAGAGUCCACCAACCCGUACACUUUGCUGGACAAUUCGAUCAUCUUCAAGGUGUAUUGCACCUCCAAGAACAAUAGCUUCCAUUCCCGAGCAAGCUUCUCCACUUCUUCAAUACCCCACCCGGACUGCCACCCGUCGCAAUUGCGAAUGUUCCCGCUGAAAUCGGAAUGUUCCUCCUUCGGAUUUAACGAGUUCCCGAGUGAAGCCCUGGCGGUGUACGCCAUCAUGAAGUGCAACCACAGCGCGAUCGAUCUCAAAGGCACAAAAUUCCCGUUCAUUAUGAAGCUGUGCUUUUCCUCUGCCAAGCCUAUGAACGGUGCGUGGAGCAACGAGAACAUCAAAAACCCGUAA